GUGCACACUGUAUACAUCUUCUGUUGUCUUGUACUAACCAUGUUAUUAUUGUUGUUUGUUCUCUGUGUGACCUUCUGCAUCUCUGAGAUCCGGAAUCCUGCAGCUCAAUGUCAUCUUACAAUGAAGAAUUAUACAUUUGACUACAAAUAUUCUCACGAAGGAGAUAUAAUUAUCGGAGGGAUCUUCACUGUGCAUUGCUGGGUGAGACUGUGGAAGCAGAAAGGAAGAACUUUCUAUAACCGGAUGUGUAUAGGAUACUGUCUGGACACACAGUGACAGCUCCAAACUAUUCCUGUAUGGAGAAUGAUGCAGUGGUCGGUUUUAUUGGAGAUUUACAGUCUGGUACUACUCUCCCUAUGGCCCAGCUGUUAAGCUUAUAUGGAUAUACACAUAUCAGUUAUGGGGCCAGAGAUCCUCUUCUCAGUAAUAAAAGGCUUUACCCAAACUUUUUUCGAACUGUACCUGAUGACAAGAUACAAUAUGCAGCAUAUGUGAAGCUAUUGGAGAGAUUCCAGUGGAAUUGGGUUGGGAUCAUCACAUCAAAUGAUGACAGUGGACGGCGAGAGUUACAGGCGUUGGUCAAACUAUUUACAUCUCAUCAGAUUUGUAUAGAAUUUACUAUUCUUGUAUCUCUCGAUAAUCACGACUAUAUCCAUCCCGCUUCAUCUACUGAUGUUAUUAUUAUCUGUGGCUCCUAUAGUCUGACUUACAUCAAAUUUUUAUACCAUGAAGCUCAUUUUCUAAAGAACAAGACUCUUAUACUUCCAAGUUCAUGGUCACUGGCAACAGACCUUAUACUUCCUGGAGAUGUAAUUCCUGGUAAUUGUAGUUUAGUGUUCUCCAUCCCCACAUACAAUAUCACUGGAAAAGAGAUGUUUAAUGUUGUUCAUUUAUCCAACCAACCUUCUGAUCCAUUGCUGGAAGAUAUUUGGAUGACUAUAUUCCAUUGCUAUACAGGAAAUAAAUUAAAGGAUUUUCUUAUGCCAUUAGCAGAUCUAUAUCCAUAUAGUAAUUGUUCUGAGGAGAUGAAACUCAAUAUAGAGUAUAAUUUUUCUGGAGACACAACUCCUUACCAAGUGUAUAUUGCCGUCUAUAUCAUGGCUCAGGCUUUGCACAAACUGAAAAUUUUUAUUGAUGAAAAAAAAAAUAAUACUUCAAACAUAUAUGACUAUAAAAGAAGGCUAUCACAAUAUAUAAAAGAAGAAAAUAUUUUUUUAAGUGAAAAUGAAGAUUGGAUAACACGACUAGAUAUUCAGAAUUGGGUAACAGAAGGAAAAACGUCUGAAAUGGUUGUCGGAAGAUUUGAUGCAUCUUUUCUCGAAGAUAAACAGCUGGAUAUUAAUCCCCAGAUAAUAACGUGGAGACAGAACUCAAUAGUGAAAAUUGCCAGAGAUGUCCUGAAGAUGAAUGGCCAAAUGAGGGAAGAAACAAUUGUGUUGUGAGGGAUUAUGAGUUUCUGUCAUAUGAAUCUGAUGUUGUUUCUUCAGUCUUCUCCAUCAUCUCCAUAUUAUUCUCUCUUAUAACUGUAUUUAUAAUUGGAAUAUUCACUUUAUUCUGGAAAUCUCCCAUUGUCAGAGCCAAUAACCAGAACCUAAGCUUCAUUCUCCUGACCUCUCUCAUGUUCAGUUUACUCUGUGUGUUUCUAUUCAUCGGUCGUCCAGUGGAUAUAACCUGCAUGCUGAGACAAAUCUUCUUUGGGAUCUUCUUCACAGUAGUCGUGUCUUCUGUCCUGGCCAAGACCAUCAUAGUCUGCAUAGCAUUCAAGGCCACCAGACCAGACAGCUCCUGGAGAAAGUGUGUGGGGGUAAAGCUUCCUUAUUCUGUAGUGUUGGUCUGUUCAUCUCUUCAGAUCCUGAAUGCCGUUAUCUGGUUGUCAUUGUCUCCUCCAUAUCAAGAGCUUAACCUGGAUUAUCCUGGGAAGAUCAUCAUUCAGUGUAAUGAAGGGUCUGUCUUGGCCUUUUACCUCAUGUUGGGUUAUAUGGGGUUUCUGGCAGCUGUGAGUUUUGUUCUAGCUUUCAUGGUGAGGACAUUACCUGAUAUCUAUAAUGAAGCCAAGUACAUCACCUUCAGCAUGCUGGUGUUCUGCAGUGUCUGGAUCGGUGCCAUCCCGGCCUAUCUGAGCAGUACAGGGAAACACAUGGUCAUUGUAGAGAUAUUUGCCAUAUUGGCCUCAGGGGGAGGAAUAUUGAUCUGCAUGUUUCUACCUAAAUGUUACAAUAUCCUGAUGGAGCCUGACGUGAUCAGUAAAGGACACUUGGUACAGAGACGUGUUAUGUGAAUAUUUCAUAGAUAUAUAUCGUUCUGCUAAUAUAUCUGUUCCUUUGUCAUCUAUUGUUCUAAUGAUAACAUUUCUUUUGUACAAAUAUUUUAUUAAAUAUAGUCUA